CAUGUUUCUACUUCUCGAAACUUCAGAGUGUACGCGACUGUGAGAACUGUAGAGUAAUCAAUCUCUAAUGGCAACGAUGAACAGGAUUAGUAGAAUCGCCGCCAUCACACGUGCAGUCGAAGGCUUCGUCACCGGCAAGCCCACUCCGCAGCGGCAUGUCCAGGUGGCUCUAUACAGUGUCAGCAGCAAUUUUAAUUCAUCUCCCAAGUCUCAUUGGUUCUCGUCUGAUAGGCUCACCGAUCACUUAGGGCACUCGAAUUGCGCCGCCGCUCAUGGAAUGGCCGGAACCAUGUUAUUCUCAGUCGCCGCCGCUCAAGAAGUCCACGCGAAAGAACCGCGGCAGUCUAAGGAGUUUAUGCCUAACGAGGUCGUUCUUUAUCAGUACGAAGCUUGCCCCUUCUGUAACAAGGUUAAAGCAUUCCUGGAUUACUAUGAUGUUCCCUACAAAGUGGUGGAGGUCAACCCCAUCAACAAAAAGGAAAUCAAGUGGUCGGAUUACAAGAAGGUGCCUAUAUUGAUGGUUGAUGGUGAAAAGAUGGUUGACUCAUCAGAUAUAGUUGAUAAAUUGUUCCAAAAAAUUCAUCCUGAGAUCCCCGUUGAUUCUGUCUCAAAUGAUGAAGGGAGGAAGUGGCGCGGGUGGGUGGACAACCAUUUGGUGCAUGUCUUAUCGCCAAACAUAUAUAGAACUACUUCUGAGGCUAUUGAGUCAUUUGACUACAUCACUAGUCAUGGUAAUUUCAGCUUUACUGAAAGGAUAAUAGCAAAGUAUGCUGGAGCUGCAGCCAUGUAUUUUGUGUCAAAGAAAUUGAAGAAGAAACAUAACAUCACUGAUGAGCGUGGAGCCUUGUACGAAGCUGCGGAAACAUGGGUCGAUGCUCUGAAGGGACGAGAAUUUCUUGGUGGAUCCAAGCCUGAUUUAGCUGAUCUUGCUGUCUUUGGGGUUCUGAGACCCAUCCGCCACCUCAAGUCUGGCAGAGAUAUGGUGGAGAACACACGCAUUGGUGAAUGGUACACAAGAAUGGAAAGUACGGUGGGGGUUUCUUCUAGGGUUAUGGCAUAAGUGGAAUAAUUCUUCUGUUGGAUAAGAAAGUUGCUGUGUCCUUUUCCUUGAUAUCAGCUUUUUUUUUUUUUUUUAAAAAAAA